UGGAGGGGCGGAGAGAAAGAUUCCCCUUUCUCUCCGCCCCUCCAGGGCGUUACUGCGCGACAAAGAAGGAAGAUUCCAUGGCGGCCAGUUACCCGUAUGGACAGGGCUUCCCUGGGACUACAGGACAGGCUCCAGGAGCUCCUCAAGGCGGCUAUCCUGGUGGACAGUAUGGAGGCGGACUGCCUCCUGGGGGACCGUAUGGGGGCCCAGCACCUGGAGGCCCAUAUGGACAACCCCCCAGUGGAGGACCAUAUGGAUAUCCUUCCUCUGGUCCUCCAGGUGGAAUGUAUGGGGGUGGCCCAGUCCCAGGAGGGUCAUAUGGACAGCCUGCUAAUCUCUAUGGUGCACCCCAACCUGCAGCCUAUGGAGCAGGUGGUCCUGGAGGGCAUGUUCCCCCUGGGGUGGACCCAGAAGCUUUCUCUUGGUUCCAAAGUGUAGAUGCUGACCACAGUGGAUACAUCACAACCAAGGAGCUCAAGCAGGCCCUUGUCAACUCCAAUUGGUCUGCUUUCAGCGAUGAUACUUGCUUGAUGAUGAUGAACAUGUUUGAUAAAAGCAAAUCUGGUCGGAUCGACCUCUAUGGGUUUUCGGCCCUGUGGCGUUUUAUUCAACAGUGGAGGAAUUUGUUCCAGCAGUUUGAUCGGGACCAUUCAGGAAACAUUACUUAUAAUGAGCUUCACCAAGCUCUUUGCCAAAUGGGGUACAACUUGACCCCCCAGUUUUCCCAGCUGCUGGUGUCCCGUUAUUCACAGAAGGGCUGCACUCCUGGCAUCCAGUUGGACCGCUUCAUCCAGAUCUGCACUCUCCUCCAAACCAUGACCGAAGCCUUCCGGGAGAAGGAUACUGGCAUGACAGGCACUGCACGGAUCAGCUACGAAGAUUUCCUCAUGAUGUCUGCUACUCGCAUGUUGUGAAACCUUUCCUUCUGAGAAACAGAGGAUGGGGGCAGCACUGAGGACCCUGCAUUGGACUUUCCAGCAAGACAGAAGGAAAGGCCACCUUGUGCACAAGGUGUUGGGGAUGAAGGAAAUGGAAACCGCCAUCAUUUAUUUCUAUGAAGCUGAUCCCUCAGUUCUACAAAUGGACUCUUUGACAUUGUUCUGCGGAUAGAUUUGAUUGUUGUGGAUUGUUGUUGCUUCGUGUAACUCCUAAGGGAAGAAAUUGUUCACUCUAUUAGAUUUCCCCAAUGAGGUCCUUCCAGAUAACACUGGACUUUAAUUCCCAGAAUCCUUCAGCCAGAUUGGUUGAAGGUUCUUUUUGAAUUGAAAUCCAAAAUAAUCUGGAGACACCAGGUCAGGACAAAGCAGCACUGUGGCCCCUGAUACCCUCUUCCCUAGAUUUUCUUCUUUGGCCCCAGGUAUAAAAUCAUAUAAACCUUCAAUUUAGGAUGAUCUUCCGGCUUCAGAACAAGUAGCCCAGCAUAUCAAAUAAUAGCUCUUUCUUCUGAAUUUGCCACCUGCAUGUCGCUAUGAAUUUACAUGGGUCUACCUUGAGCAAAAAGUGCCCCGUAAGGACAGACUUGGGCUUCUAUCCCUGAUGCCCAUUUCAAGUCCAGCUCCCAGUUUGCCAUUAGGAGGUAACCAGCAUUCCACUCACCCAUCCUGCCAAAAUUUCUUUUUUGAGUGGGACAUUCCUGGUUGUCUGCAUCUCCCGGUUAUCACUCUUCGCUUCAAAACUAUACAUCCUCUUGCCAAUCAUUUACUUAGGUGCUUGUCUUUUUUCUUGCCAAUGUUUUGCUUGUAACUUUCAUGGUGGCCCAAAUCAUGGUUAAGGAUGUGCCAGCCAGAGAUUUAUGAUUUAUACUUGAAUGCAAUGUACAAUAAACAAUCCCAAGCACUGUGA